CUCUCUCUCUCUCUCUCUCAGCGAACCCCGCAGCGCAGAGCAAACUGCAGGCGAGCGGAGCUCCGCUUCAGCUGCUACGCCAACCGACCGGAGCACCCGAGAUACACCGAGAAACAGCCGGGGAAGAGACAGGAGAGGGACGAGCCGGCGAUAGCAACAAAACAAGGCAGAAGAAAAAAAUACGAGAUUUGUGCCAACACUCCGCUGAUAGAACCGGACCGGACCGGACCGCAUUAUCCCGAAGCAGCUUCAGUGCGGAGAGGCGGUCACAGCGGUGAACGGGGAGGAUGUCAGAGCCGGAUCUGGAGGAGCUGGACGGGGGAGGUCUGUCGGACACAACGCGGAUGAUCGUGCACCCCCCCGAUUACUGCAUCGAGGGGCCCAGCCUGCCCCUGGAGCCCAGGGGGCCCCUGUCCUGCCUGGGCUGCUCCGCGCUGGUCGUGCUCCUCAAUGGCGCUCUGCUCCUGCUGCACGCUGUGCUCAUGGGGGUCGUGUUCGGAGUCGCGCUGCUGCCCACCAUCGUGGUCGUGUACUUCGGCUUCCAGUGCCACUCCAGGGUCCUGCACUCUAGCGCUCCCUAUUGCAGGCGCUUGCUGGAUGACAGCUCCUCCUCGGCGCUCAUCAUCCUGGGCUUCGUCAUCUUGUCUCCUCUCCUGGUGGUUGCCAUGGCGAUGUACUGCGGGCUGGCACGCCGGCUCCGCCUCUUCCUGCUCUUCCAGCCCUGCGCCCGCGCUCGGUACCGCGGGGGCACGUGGAGUGGGUUCCAGGGUCCGGAGCUGGGGGGACGCUGCUGCUGCUGGGGAGGGGGCAGCUCUGUCAAAGCCUGGGUCUGAGAGAGGCAUUGUGCUUUCCAGGCUGUCACUGUGCUUUACAAUGCUUCCCUGUGCUUUACCAGACCUCUCUGUGCUUUACAAUGCUUCCCUAUGCUUU